GGGCCGCUCGGUGCGCGGUGACGGCGGCAGGCAGGCAGGCGGGCGAGGCGGACGGUGGAAGCGGCUGUGAGGAGGGGAUGGCGGAGGAGCCUCCACGAGCUUCUAAAGAAGAUCCUAUGAUCAUCUGAGCUCUAAUAGCUGGAUCUUCGGAUAUCAAAGCUGGGAGAAAGUACUUCUGAAACCAACAUGUAGCAGAUGGCUACUGUUCCGUCAGAUUUGCUGCUUUUGGCCAAGGUUUUUUUCUUCUAGACUUCCUUGUGCGUUCAGCAGUGAAAGAAUCAUUCUAGGGAUUCUUAUUUCUUGGGUGGUGAAUGAGUUUCGUUAACAGAAAUUGAAAUUGGAUUUCACGUGGGUUUUUUUUGUUAAACUGAGGAACCAUGAGUAGUAAUCUUGGGAAAGAAAAAGAUUGUAAGGAGAAGGACCCAAAGGGGUCAUCAGCAAAGGAAAGGGAGAAAGAGGCCAAGACUUCUGGUGGAUUAGGGAAAGAAAGCAAAGAGAGAGAGCUGAAGACCAAAGGGAAAGAAGCCAAAGAUGGGAAGAAGGACUCCAGCAGUGCACAGCCAGGUGUGGCUUUUUCAGUGGACAAUACAAUAAAACGACCUAAUCCAGCUCCAGGUGCUCGCAAGAAAUCCAGCAAUGCCGAGGUGAUCAAAGAGCUAAACAAAUGUCGGGAAGAAAAUUCUGUACGCUUGGACUUGGCCAAGAGGUCGAUACACAUACUCCCACCAUCUGUCAAAGAGUUAACGCAGUUGACGGAACUUUAUUUAUAUGGAAACAAACUGCAGUCACUACCGUCUGAGGUGGGCUGCCUUGUGAAUCUGGUGACACUGGCCCUGAACGAGAACUCACUUACCAGCCUCCCUGACUCUCUUGAUAACUUGAAGCAGCUUCGCAUGGUUGAUUUACGACACAACAAACUGAGAGAAAUUCCUCCAGUGGUGUACAGGCUAAGGUCUCUUACCACACUUUAUCUACGCUUUAAUCGUAUCACAGCUGUGGAAAAGGAUAUCAAAAACUUGUCAAUACUCAUUAUGCUCAGCAUACGGGAGAACAAAAUCAAGCAUCUACCUGAAGAAAUUGGUGAGUUGUUUAACCUCAUAACACUGGAUGUAGCACACAAUCAGCUUGAGCAUCUUCCAAAGGAGAUUGGAAAUUGCACACAGAUCACCAAACUUGACCUACAGCACAACGAGCUCCUGGACCUUCCAGACACCAUAGGAAACCUGUCCAGUCUGAAAAGCCUCGGGCUGAGGUAUAACCGGCUCUCAGCAAUACCCAGGUCUCUAGCACAGUGCAGUAAACUUGAUGAACUGAAUUUGGAGAACAACAUGAUUUCUACUUUACCAGAGGGUCUCUUAUCCAGUCUUGUGAAUCUGACUAGCCUCACUCUGGCAAGGAACUGUUUCCAGUCAUAUCCAGUGGGUGGCCCCUCACAGUUCUCUACCAUCUACGCUCUCAAUAUGGAGCAUAACCGCAUCAAUAAAAUCCCUUUUGGAAUUUUCUCCAGAGCAAAAGUGUUAAGUAAGCUGAACAUGAAGGACAAUCAGCUGACGUCGCUUCCCUUGGACUUUGGGACAUGGACCAGCAUGGUAGAACUGAACUUAGCUACAAAUCAACUCAACAAGAUUCCUGAGGAUGUGUCUGGACUUGUUUCCUUAGAGGUUCUUGUCUUGUCGAACAACCUUCUAAGAAACCUUCCCCAUGGCAUUGGGAACCUGCGAAAGUUAAGAGAAUUGGAUCUAGAGGAAAACAAGCUGGAAUCCUUGCCCAAUGAAAUAGCGUACCUUAGGGAACUUCAGAGGUUGAUCUUAACAAAUAAUCAGUUGAGCACCCUUCCUAGAGGAAUUGGCCACCUCAUCAAUCUGACACAUCUUGGACUGGGAGAGAAUUUUCUUACACAACUUCCUGAGGAAAUUGGUACACUGGAGAAUCUGGAAGAACUGUAUCUAAAUGACAACCCUCAUCUGAACAGCCUUCCUUUUGAACUGGCCCUCUGCAGUAAAUUGUCUAUAAUGAGCAUUGAGAACUGCCCACUCAAUACCCUUCCAGCUCAAAUUGUUGCAGGUGGACCUUCCUUUAUCAUCCAGUUUCUCAAAAUGCAGGGACCGUAUCGUGCCAUGGUCUGAUGGAUAUCUGCCCUAAUGAUGUACAAAAUAUAAAUUGCAUUGAGGGUAUAAUUGUGUACAUAAUAUUAUCUAGGCCACAUAGUGCCAGGGUUUGAUAAAAGUUUGAUUGUUCCAUACACUGUACAAAAUGCAAAGAGCAUUAUUGGUAUUGCGUAUGUGUGAAUAUAUAAUAUAAUAUAUAGGCUGUAUAUUAUAUUAUAUAUAAAGCAUAAAUAAUAUAAAACAGGCAAAUUCAAGACCAUGUUUAUGUGUUUCUGCUAAUAGAGGAAGCAUAGCCAUUUAGAUUUUUUUUUCUUUGUAAAGUGCUUGUCUAAGUUUUCUUUGCCGAAUUUGAUGGAUGUCUGGGUAAUUGGAGAUACCAGUUCACUGAAAACAAUGGCCAACUAAUUGCUGAACAAUUUAAGGGACAAAACAUUUUUAGAUGGAGCCCUCUUCCUAUGGGAAAAACAAGCAACUUGAUUACACAAACUUUUUUUUUUAAUCAUUCCCCUCUGUGCACAUUCUCUGUGUCAAAAAUCCUUUUGGGUGAUUUGUCCUCUAGUUGGGGAGAUUCUUUAACUUAUUUUAAGAUUCGAAACAAAUGGUGUUGUAUUUGUUUACAGUCAGAGUAAAUCACUGGAUUAUUUUUAUUUUUUAUUAUUGUUGUUGGAUUUGCUCUGUUAUACUCAUAUCUAAAAUUUAUAUGUUUCUGCCGAGGGCUUCUUAUUGUCUGAUUUUAUAUUAAAACAAAAGCGUAAGUAGGAAAAGAUGCAGUUCAACAAAAGCUUGAAUUUAGGCCUUUUUGUCUCUUCAGUUUAUCAUUUGUAAGCAUAUCUUAUUUGAUCCACUUACUUUAUGGUUGGCCUCAUCUAGCACAAGCACCAUAUUCUGAUACAUAAAUUGACGGAUAUAUUUGAAAACCUGCAACAUUCUGUUAAGGUCUAUUAGUGCAUUGACGAAGAAUGAAUAUAUAUCACACCAGGCAAGUGUAAGAGCUCCCCCGGUCUUUGUACAGUUAAUGAAUGUGUCUUUUAAAGCACUGCAGUAUAUGUAAGAUUUAUGGUUGGUUGACAGUGUUACUCUGGCUUUAUAUCUUGCCUUGCCUUGUACAUCUUUCCAUUGUUACGGAGCAUCUGCAUCCAAGCACAAUAUCUUCAUACUGUGCUGUUUUGCUGCUGAACUAAAUGCACUUUUCCCUGCAGAAGUGGGGCACUUGCUUCAAAGUAAUCAGUUCAGUACCAUGGUUUAUUCUCUUUAACUUCAUCCUAUCAAUCUCAGUAUUAAAGACCGGUCUGUUUUAAAAGGACACCUUUUCAUUUGUACUUAAAACUUGCUCUGUAAAAAAGAACAGUAAAGUGGUUCACAUGCAGUUUUACUGUCAUUUUCGUGGCUAUAUGAAGGGCUAAUAAUGCUGCGGUGAAACAAGACACCUGCCACUACACUUGCAGUGCCAUUUCUAGUUUUUUUGUGCGCUCAUCUCGCAGUUGCGUUCUGGGCAGUUGUUUUCAACGUCAGUUCACUACAGUGGGUUUGCUUCUGAGAUUGUGGAAUUUAGAGAGUGCUGUGUCUUUUGAACCAAUUGCACACACCACAGAAGCCAGAGGAAUCUUGUUCAUCUGUUGAAGGUUUCGGAAUUUUAUUUCUGGCAUCAAGAGCCAUUUAAUCAGUACAAUCCAGAGAUUAAUCAGGUAAUCCCUGUCCCAUGUAAAUAAGUAGGAUGCACACUCCUGGCAGUAUAAUUAAGAAUUACUUCUGAGUAAAGAUGCUUAAGAGCGCUCUGCAAGUGUCAGAGGCUGUAGUGGGAUUUGGAUGUGCCUGAGUUCCUUUGGCUUGAGCCCCUCAUAACUUACCUCCUUGCUCUGUUUUCUUUGAUAUGAAUUAUAGCUUUUAUUGAUGGGUUUUCUCACUAGCGAGGGAGAUUUUUUUUUAAAAAAAAAAAGAAAGGCAGGUAAGAUACAUAAAACCUUUAACGGGCUUAAGCUGGUAGCAAAAACCAGUCUAGAUGUCACUGGAUAUACAGAGGAAUAGCUACUACAGUCUUCUAAAAAAUAAUAAUCUAAUGCUAUUUCAGUUUAGAUCUAUAAUACUGUAUAGUUUCAGCUGUGUGAAAGCCUAUCCAUCUGAGCAUUAAGGUGUUAAAAUACAAAGUGGUGGUUUAAAAGGUGAAAGUCCACUUUAUGCUGAAGCUGUAAACUUGUCCCAGUAACUCAUUCUGUGUCUUUAUAUGCUGCCCUUAUGCACUUUUAGGGGGGAGAUAAUCUUUUCUAUAAUCAGUUGUCUCUGUUACUUUUAAAGCCAGAGUUUAGCCAUGUAUUGAAAAUUAUUCCAGGCAAAAUGAGAAUAGUAUCUUUGGAAGAUUUUACAGAAUUGAUGUAGGAUAGGAUGCUUCUAGUAGGUUGGGUUCUUCUGCCGCUUUGUGGAGUUGUGGGGUAGAUGAAGUUGAACUGCAUUUAUGGAACUAGUAGUUUUCUCUGUAAAUAUAUUAAUACAAUUGUUCAACUUGCCAAGGAUUAUGUGACUGACUGUUUCUCUCUCUCUGAAAGAUCACUUGCAUGUUGGAAACUGGUUUUAUUCAUUCAUUAAAACAUUUAAAAAAUGAACUUUUUUU